AUGCCUUCCGCUAGCGCUCCCAUCAACCGCCGUGGCAGCAUGCAAGAUGAGUCUGUCAAGUUUCACGCCCGUGAUUUUCUGAGUGUCAAGCAGGAGGAUUUGCUGGCAGACUACGAAAUGGGGGAUGUGCUGGGAGAAGGAGGAUUUGGACUGGUCUACAGCUGUGUCCACCGAGAAACAGGUGCUGAAAGAGCCGUCAAAAUGCUGCAAAAGGAUCCCGAUAGACCUCAGAUUCAAGCCAAUAUUAUCAACGAGUUCAACGUGCUCAAAGACCUAGAUCACCCGAACCUGGUCAAGGUCUACGAUCUCUACCAAGACGAGGAAUGUUUCUUUAUCGUCACGGACCUGUACAUGGGAGGAGACGUUUUUGAUGUACUCGAGGAAAAGGGACCACUCAGCGAGGAAGAUGCCGCUGUUGUCAUGAACAACUUGCUAGGUUGUGUCAACUACUUUCACAAACGAAACCUCGUACACAGAGAUUUGAAACCCGAAAAUAUUCUCCUCGAUGCCAAACAAUCAUACAGUGACAUCAAGGUCAUUGACUUUGGACUCGCGAGAUAUACAAAGGAAUUUGGAGACGAGCUCAGAGGAUUGGUGGGAUCGGCAUACUACGUCGCUCCUCAGGUCAUUGAAGGCGAUUACACACACAAGUGCGACUUGUGGAGUUGUGGCGUCAUUGCCUACGCCUUGAUCUCUGGAUUUGCCCCCUUUGAUGCAUCCACCGAUGGAGCCGUCCUGGAACUCGUAUACGACGGACGAUACGAUUUUGAUGAUGAGGAAUGGGAUCCCAUCAGUGAACUAGCAAAAGAUUUCAUCACACAGCUACUCGAAUACGACGAAGCGGAUAGACCCAGUGCCGAAGAAGCACUUCAGCACCCAUGGCUACGUCGAUGCCGAAAAUCGCCACGAAUGAACAAUGCACUCGUCAGGUCAAACUCCAGAAACUCCUUGAGAGACCUUUCCAAAUUCGAAUCCAAGUCCAACAAACUCAAGCAGGCAGCCUGUGCCAUGAUUGCUUCACAGCUGCUCACAAACGAAGAAAAGGAACUCGUCGAUGAUGCCUUUCGCGCACUCGACAAAAGUUGCCAGGGAGAAAUCACAAAAAAGGACCUCAACUCGUCCUUUGUCGACCUGUUUGGAGACGAUUCUUCCGACGAAGAGGAUGGUUCCGAUGAUGACGAAGACAUGGACCAGAGUCAGGCCAGUCACGCCGAACUGGUCGACAACAUCUUUGAACAGGUCAACUUUUCCGGGUCGGGAGCAAUUCAAUAUUCUGAAUUUGCUGUCGUCAUGAUCCUCGAAAAGAACAUGGUCACCGACGACAAGCUUCGGGCCUGCUUCAAAUUCUUUGACCUCGACGACAAAGGAUUUAUCGGCAAGGAGGACGUGGGUGCGGUCCUCAAGCUGGGCAAUCGCGGCUGUCACAAAAUCAUGCAAAUGACAGCCAGCGGUCGCAAGAGGGAUAAAAUCACUUUCGACGACUUCAAAAAGUGCAUCCUUCCCGAACGCCCACAAAAACCGUCGGGACCACCCAAACGAGGACUGCUGGGUGACGACAAUAAAAAUUUCAAGGGACCGCUCGGAGGUCCCAUGGACGAAUCAUCUCGUGCCCGUCGACCCAGUUUCAUGGAUGAGGAAUCAUCUCGCCGUCGUGGUCCCAUGGAUGAAUCGUCGCGUCGUACAAAGUUGGGUCGGUCCAAUGUCGGUCCCUCAGCGACUACUAGAAUUGGCCCUGCCAAGAAGAUAAACCGCUUGGCGAGUUUGGAAGAAGUAAAAGAGUAA